UUCAAGUAUUUAUAAUACUUUAGGCACAAACUUAGUUUAGUAGCAUUUUAGAAUAUUUCUCUUCAAAUUAAAAUGGAAAUUAGUAAAACAAUUUCUCAAGUUUUUAGUCUCAAAAUAAAGCUGAAUUAAUUGCAAUUCUUUGAUUGAAGAGAACAGAUAAAGUUUUUUAUAUAACUUAGAUAGACGUGUGAUUAGGUCAAAGGCCGAGGAAACACUUUUUGAUCUAAGUUAUUUUGUUCUUCUUGUUAAUCUACACUUUUAAUUUUCUAAACUUUUCCCACUCCACGAGAUAAACUAAACUUUAGAUUUUAAUCAUAAACAAUGACAAUAACAAAUUUAAGAUAUGACAAGAGGAGGUUAGACCGGAUAUGGUCGUGUAAUUGGUAUGCCUUAAAGCCAAAUAAACAAGUUUAAUAUGUGCUUAAGGUUAAAACGUCAUAAGGUUGACCGAACUUUUACUUCUUAUGGAAUCAAGAGGAUCGAAGUCACAUCCAUAUUUACUCUGAUGUCUUAACACACCAAAAAUACAUUAGAUUUAUAAUAUACUAACAUAUCAAAUUUGACGAUAUGAUAAGGAAAACAUAACAAUGAUGACGGCUGUUAAGCUAAACGAGCAAAGUCAAAGAAAUUGUGAUUAAGUUAUAAUCAAGUCUUUACUUUAACAAGAAAAAAACUUAUAAUUGUAAGUAGUUAGACAUGUUUAGUUCAGGGAAUAUUUGUUCCUCGAAGCCAAAUUGACUAAGACUGCAAAUCUGAUUUUUAAAACGAAAAUAACUAACCAACAUUCAUUAAUAUUAUAUACAUGUAACAAUAUAGUAUAAGAUUAGAUAAGUUAACCAAAUAAUUCAGUUAACUAAUCGACUAAUAGUGGAGUUGUGUGGUUAAGGAGUCAAAUCAGAUGACAUGAGCAUAUAUGUACGUAGUAGUAUUAUUGAAAGAAGAUUUGGGAACAUUUCCAAAGUAAAAAUGAAGACAACCCCUAAAACCCAAGAGAGUUCGAUUGGGUGGUAUGACUUAAUCCACACAAACGUAUUAUCUAUUAAUUAAUUUUACUUGUAUGUCAACAUUUUGACUUAUAUGAUAUUUAUUCAUUAUUUAAUAAACCUAUUUAAUAAACCUUUAGUAUCAUUUUUGCUACAAUAUCUAUCAAACCCACCUUGAGGUCCUUGAUGAAAUCAAACUGUUCUUGGCCAAUUUUUAAAUUUCGGCAUUCCUUUUUUUUUUUUGUUUCAUUCACAGAAAAACGGUUUUUGUCAAAUAAUGUUCGAUCCAAGUCUACAUAUUCUUAUUCAAAAUCAAAUUGGUAUUGUCUUUAGUCCAUUUGCCAAAAUUAUGCACAUUAAAAGGUACAAAAAUGAGAACAAAACCAUAUAAAUAGAGAUUACCUAACCAAAUUUGAAAAAAAAAAACACAGCUCUUUACUAAAAUCCAAAUAUAAACUCAUUUCUUGCUUUAUCCAAUCCCUUCAAAUAUCAAUAUUUUCAAGUCAUUCCAAAAGAGUAGCUAUUCGUGUUUUCAUUAAACAAUAAAACUUGUUCAACGUGGACUUUAGUUUAGUCUAUCAAAUAUAUAUAAUACUUCUGAUCUUUUUUUGCGAAAGAUAUAUAUUUGCAUUUGUGUUUACUUGUGAAGUUAAUAUUCUUUCUCUUUUUGCGAAAGAUACAUUUUUCUGUCAAACACAUUUUGAAAAAAACGUAAACUGAAAAACUAGAUCAUAUAACAAUGUUAAUUCUAAUAUAUAUAGUCUACGUUCUUUAAUUUGUUACAACUUACAAAUGAUUUAUAUUAAAAAAUUACAUUAUUUUAUGAUAUAAUUUAACGUAAACACGAACACAAGAAUACGUCCAUUAAGAUACGUUGUUUUCAUGAUAAUCAAUAGUUGAUACAUAUGGUUAAGAGGGUAGCUAAAGAUGUCUUUUUAUAAUUAAAUUUAUUAAAUUAGGUAGAUAAAAAUGUUGUUUAACAAUUAUAUUAUUCCGUUUAAACUAUUAAUUUUGAUGGAUUCAAGCAUCAAGCCUACAUAUAAAUACAAUAUGUAAAUCAACAUGUCUCAUGCAACUCCAAACAUUUCCAAAAUACACAAACAAAAACUAUAACAUGACGGAAGAGUUUGAGAUCGCCGGAAUUUCCACCGGAACUUGGUGGAGUUCGCCAACAAACACCGCCGCAGUAUUCUCCGGCUACUCACUGCCACGUUCCACUGAGAUUAGCCUUGAUGCCACAAAUUUCGGAUGGCAAAACAUCGAAAACAAGAUUAACGAUCAUAACGAUGGUUUCAUGAACAUGCAUAAUAGUUUCUUCGAAGGAUUUUUCGAUCCAAACGAGCAAGUACUAUCAGAUUCUUGGACAAAUACUACUACUCCUAACACGAAACCCGCGCUGCUCGAAAGCUUUCCGCUCUUUGAUAACAUGUUCUUGAUCGAUUCAGAAGCUGAAUCUUUCUUGGAUAAUGAGAUCAGAAUCCAUAAGUAUAAGGAGCAAAAUACACAAGACAGCAAGAUUGUUACUUCAAAGAGAAGUGACAAGCCUGAAGAACUGGAAGAGAACAGCGACGAAUACUCACCGCGGCUACUAAAAAGACCAAGACUUGAGACUCUAUCUCCAUUGCCAAGCUUCAAAGUUCGUAAAGAAAAACUCGGAGAUCGAAUCACUGCGCUUCAGCAACUUGUUUCACCAUUUGGCAAGACAGAUACAGCUUCUGUUCUCAACGAAGCUGUAGAGUACAUCAAGUUUCUUCAAGAACAAGUAACUGUAUUGAGUAAUCCAGAGCAGAACACCAUAGGAUCUGUUCAACAACAGCAGUGUUCAGACAAGAAACCUAUCAGUAGUACUCAAGAAGAAGAAGAAGAAUGUAGCUCAAGAAGACAUGUAGAUCUCGCUAGCCGUGGGCUCUGUCUGAUGCCGAUCUCAGCUUCAUAUCCGGUGGCUGCAGCCGCGGCUUCCGCUGAAGAGAUGAACACGUCUGAUUUUUGGAAUCUUCCGUUCUGUUUAAACUUAUAAAUUAGACAAGAUCGAUAAUACAUAACCAAAAAAAAGUUAUAUCUCUUCCACAGUUCCACAUAGAGAGGAUCUUGUAAAGUUUGAUGUCUAUAUUAUAUAGAAAUGUAAAUGUCUUGUAUACUUAAUUCAAAGCACACAGUAUAUUGUUUGUUUGCGUUUA